GUGCCAAUAGAAUUUCCCCUUCUUUGUUUACGAACUGGUGAUAGUAGAGGGACUAAAUUUGUAGUUUUAUCAUGUUUCUCUAAGUAUCUAAAACCAUUCGACAACCGGAGAUACAUCCACCGCCAUCUGCACUUUGCGUCAGUCAUGGAACCGAUGGAAUCUCUAGCCGGUGCUGACGCCUCCGACACCCCAAACACCACCUCCGAUAACCCUAACAACACCUCCGGCGACGACAACACUUCUCUCGAAACCACCAAUCCCUUACCUCCAACCGCCACUCCGCCGCUCAUACAACCGGAAUCAGCACUUCAAACAACCGGAGAAUCAGUUGAACUUCCGGUACCGGCUCCUAUCCACACCGAUUCUGGUAUACCCGCGCCUCGAAAACGACGUCGUAGAAAGAAGCAGUUUCCCGAGAUGAUAUCGUCAGCAGACGCCGUUAACGGCCUCCGCAUCGUCCGUCACAAAUCCGGCGAAGAUGUAAACGGUUACGAAGAUGAAAUCGAAAACCUGACGGUCCGCCGUCGCCGUAGAGUUUCUUCAGAUCUGGAUGUCGAGACGCUAAUCGCGAUUUCCGUUGGAUUUCCGAUCGAUUCGUUGACGGAAGAAGAGAUUGAAGCGAACGUCGUGAAAACGAUUGGCGGAUCUGAACAGUCGAACUACAUCGUUGUACGGAAUCACAUUCUGGCGUUGUGGAGAUCAAACGUCGACGUUUGGUUGACCAGAGAGCAUGCACUGGAAUCGAUCCGAGCCGAGCACACUCACCUGGUUGACUCAGCGUACUCGUUUCUGUUACAACACGGUUACAUCAACUUUGGACUCUCCGCCGCCGUGAAGGCGGCGAAAUUGAGGCCGCCGGAAGGUGACGUAAGAGGUGACGUCAUUGUUAUCGGUGCUGGAUUGUCUGGGUUGGUUGCUGCUAGACAGUUGAUAUUUCUAGGGUUUAAGGUUGUGGUUUUAGAAGGUAGGGCACGUCCAGGUGGACGUGUACGGACGAAGAAGAUGUCUGGUGGCGAUUGCGUGGCGGCCGCGGACCUCGGCGGUAGCGUGCUCACCGGGAUUAAUGGUAAUCCGCUUGGAGUGCUUGCGCGGCAGCUAGGGUUUCCGCUUCACAAAGUGAGAGAUAUUUGCCCUCUUUAUUUACCUAAUGGUAAUACUGUUAAUCCUGAAAUUGACUCAAAAGUUGAAGUGUUGUUUAAUAAGUUGUUAGAUAGGGUUUGUAAGCUUAGACAGUCUAUGAUGGAGGAAGCUAAAUCUAUAGAUGUUCCAUUAGGUACAGCUUUAGAGGCUUUUAGACAUGUUUAUAAAGUAGCAGAAGAUCCACAAGAGAAAAUGUUGUUAGAUUGGCACUUAGCGAAUUUAGAAUAUGCGAAUGCGACGUUAAUGUCGAAUCUGUCGAUGGUGUUUUGGGAUCAAGAUGAUCCGUUUGAGAUGGGUGGUGAUCAUUGUUUUAUCCCGGGAGGGAAUGAUAGGUUUAUUCAAGCUUUAGCUGAAGAUCUACCGAUUUUUUAUAAUCAGACGGUGGAAACUGUGAAAUAUGGAUCGGAUGGGGCAUUGGUCCGUGCGAAUGGCAAAGACUACCGUGCUGAUAUGGUUCUUUGCACUGUCCCGUUAGGCGUUCUGAAAAAAUGUUCAAUUGAAUUCAUACCGGAUCUUCCGCAAAGGAAGAAAGAUGCGAUAGAAAGAUUAGGGUUUGGGUUGUUAAACAAAGUUGCAAUCUUGUUUCCUUAUGAUUUCUGGGGAGGUGAAAUCGACACAUUUGGGCAUUUAUCAGAUAAAACGAGUAUGCGAGGCGAAUUCUUUUUGUUCUAUAGCUAUUCUUCUGUAUCGGGUGGGCCACUUCUUGUAGCUUUGGUGGCAGGAGAAGCUGCAAUUGAGUUUGAACAAAUGCCACCUGUGGAAUCUGUGAACAAAGUGAUGGAGAUUUUGAAGGGGAUCUUUAACCCAAAAGGGAUUGCUGUGCCUGAGCCAAUUCAGGCGAUAUGCACACGGUGGGGCCAGGAUAAGUUUAGUUACGGGUCGUAUUCGUAUGUUGGAAUUGGGGCAUCCGGCAUUGAUUAUGACAUACUUGCUGAAAGUAUUGGAAAUGGCAGGGUUUUCUUUGCAGGAGAAGCUACAAACAAACUGUAUCCUGCAACAAUGCAUGGAGCUUUCCUCAGUGGGCUGAGAGAGGCUGCAAAUAUGUUGAGAAUGGACAACAGGAGGAAGUCAAAGUCAAACAAGCCAGUAUCCGUCCAAGAAAGCUUAACCUAGUUAAGGGUUGUUAGGGUUGGUCAAUCUUUAAUUUAUUGUCUUGUUAUGGGCUUAGGUGAUGGGUGUUUAUGAAUAUAGAUUGAUUCAGGCAAUUAGGUUUUGUUUUUUUUUGUUUUU